AUGCCGCCUCGGGGAGGAAAGUUCUCCGCGGGCGUCAAGCGCCGUGCACCGGGUGGGAAAGGUGGGAAGGGCGGGAAGGGCGGGAAAGCCGGUCCGCCGACCAAGAGAAAGGCAUACGGCCCCAAGUUCGAUAGCUCGCGCCUGGCCGAGAUAGAGGAGUCAGAUAGUGAGGCAUCGGAAGAUGACCUACCGUCGGAGGACCCUUCUGACAUAGAUGACGACGAUGAUGAGGACUCGGAGGAUGAGGAUCAGGGCGCCUCGAAGAAGGCUUAUCAAGCCCUGCUGCAGAGCUUUGCCAAGGCACAACCGCCCCAGGCAAAGCGGAGGAGGCUGGACCCCUCGCAGGACCAACCCAUGCAGUCUGAGCAGGACCUAGAGGACAAACCAGCCCAGGGAGAUGACGUGGAUCACGUAGACGAGCCCGAGGAGGACCCGGCCGAUGAGGUGCCGGUGGAAGACCAAGACUCGGACGACGAGGCCCCAGACGACACUGAUCCUUUCGAGACACAUUUUGCUCACGCCGACGAGGCAGACGUGUCCAGCCGGCUGAAGGCGAUUGAGAAGCACGAGUUCUCCACGGCCCAGGUCGAGUUGAACAAGUGGAGGGUCACCAGAGUCCUGCCGGGCAAGGACUCGGCCCAGUCAGCCCGUGCCCCGGCCACCAUGUCGUCGCCCGCGGAACUGAAGCUGAAGCAGAGAGUGGGCGAGGCCAUAUCGAAGCGACCCUCCUUCGACAAGCUCGAGCAGGUCCUCUACCCCCUGACGUUCGGCUACAACGACCUCCUGUUCUGCGGGCGCACACCCAAGAACGCAGACAGCAUACGGCAGAUGGCCUGCCUGCACGCCAUCAACCACGUCUUCAAGACCCGGGACCGCGUCAUCAAGAACAACGCCAAGCUCGCCAGGGAGGGCGAGGACACCGACUUCGAGCCGCGCGACCAGGGCUUCACGCGCCCCAAGGUGCUGAUGCUCCUGCCCACGCGCCAGUCGGCCGUCAAGAUGGUCAACGCCAUCUGCGCCAUCUGCACCCCGGACCAGCAGGAGAACCGCAAGCGCUUCGACGAGUCGUACCUAGACCCCUCGUCCAAGUUCUCGGACGACCGGGCCGAGGACUUCCGGGAGCUGUUCGAGGGCAACGACGACGACAUGUUCCGCGUCGGCGUCAAGUUCACCCGCAAGACGGUCAAGUACUUUGCCGCCUUCUACAACUCGGACAUCCUGAUCGCCUCGCCCCUGGGGCUGCGCAUGGCCAUCGGCUCGUCCGAGGAGACCAAGGACAAGAGCAAGAAGCUCGACUACGACUACCUGAGCUCCAUCGAGAUGGUCGUCGUCGACCAGGCCGACGCCCUGCUGAUGCAGAACUGGGAGCACGUCGAGUUCAUCCUCGAGCACCUCAACCUGCAGCCGCGCGAGGCCCACGGCUGCGACUUCAGCCGCGUGCGUGAGUGGUACCUGGAGAAGCAGGCCCAGCACUACCGCCAGACGCUCGUCUUCUCGGCCUUCAACACGCCCGAGCUGUCGGAGCUGCACCGCCAGUGCGCCAACUGGGCCGGCCGCGUGCGCGUGCAGCCCGAGUACGCCGGCGCCAUCCAGGCGCUGGGCGUCAGGGCCAAGCAGACCUUCUCGCGCUUCGAGGCCCGCUCCGUCGCCGCCGAGCCCGACGCCCGCUUCGAGUACUUCACCUCGGCCGUCGUGCCGGCCCUGGCCCGCCGCGCCAAGGACGCCCACGGCACGCUGGUCUUUGUGCCGUCGUACCUCGACUUCGUGCGCGUGCGCAACUACUUCGCCACCUCGGCCGCCGUGCAGAACCUGACCUUUGGCGCCGUGUCCGAGUACGCCAGCGUGCCCGAGGCGUCGCGCGCGCGCUCGCACUUCCUCAACGGCCGCCACCAGGUGCUGCUGUACACGGAGCGCGCCCACCACUUCCGCCGCUACGCCCUGGCCGGCGUGCGCCGCGUCGUCUUCUACGGCCUGCCCGACAACCCCGUCUUCUACCGCGAGAUCGCCGGCGCUUACCUGGCCAAGAGCGAGGCCGACGCCCGCCUCGAGCCCGGCAUGGCCCACGUGCGCGCGCUCUUCUCCCGCUACGACCUGCUCAAGCUCGAGCGCGUCGUCGGCAGCCAGCGCGUGGGCAAGAUGAUCCGCGAGCGCGGGGACACGUUUGAUUUCAUCUAG